UUCGCGCUCACGCUCGGCCUCGUCCUGGCCACCAGCGCCCUCUUCUUCGCCUUCGACUGCCCCUUCCUGGCCCGCCACCUGACCCCGGCCAUCCCCGCCAUCGCCGCCCUGCUCCUGCUCUUCGUCCUCAGCUGCCUGCUGCAGACCAGCUUCAGGGACCCGGGCAUCCUGCCGCGAGCCACCCCCGGCGAGGCCGCCGACCUGGAGAAGCGCAUCGAUAGCAUGGGCACCUCCACCUACCGCCCGCCCGCCCGCACGAUGGAAGUGGUCAUAAACAAGUACGUGGUGAAACUGAAGUACUGCUACACCUGCAAAAUGUUCCGGCCCCCCAGGACCUCCCACUGCAGCGUCUGCGAUAACUGCGUAGAAAGGUUUGAUCACCACUGCCCCUGGGUGGGCAACUGCGUGGGGAAGCGCAACUACCGCUACUUCUACGCCUUCAUCCUCUCCCUCUCCUUCCUGACGGCCUUCAUCUUUGCUUGUGUCAUCACCCACAUCACUCUGCGCUCUCAGAGACAAGGAUUCCUCGACACUCUGAAGGCAACACCAGCCAGUGUGCUGGAGCUGGUGAUCUGUUUUUUCUCAGUCUGGUCUAUUUUGGGCCUCUCAGGUUUUCACACUUACCUAGUCGCCUCCAACCUGACAACAAACGAAGACAUCAAAGGGUCGUGGUCAAAUAAGAGGGGCUCAGAGUUUGCCAAUCCCUACAGCCAUAAAAGCAUCCUCACAAACUGCUGCGCGGUGCUGUGUGGACCCUUCCACCCCAGUUUAAUAGACAGAAGAGGAUUUAUCCAGCCGGACGUCGGGACUCCAUCCAGUCCCAAGAGUGAGGUCCCCUCCUUUGGAGCCAAAAGUGACACCAGCAUGUAUGUUCAGGGCACUAAAGAGCUCUUGAGGACUGCUGCCCUCUGCCUCUCUUGGAGCAACCCAAGGGAAGCCAAGAGAAAGCGGACGAUACCUGAAACUACAGCCAUUACCACCACCUGUGCCUCCACUCGCCAGGGCUAUGCUACAGCACCGGCUCCCCUCCCGUUGCAGGAGAGGGGCGAAAGCUGCCAUGCACAAGGGGAAGCCUCUCCAAGCCCCCACCAGGAGCCGGCGCACUCUGCUGUCCUGUGGGUUUGAAGCUUAAAGCCAUAAAACCACCUGCUCUAAGUGCAAUAACAAGUAUCUACCGUCUCCUGCCGCCAGAAACACUUGCGCUAUUGAGCUGAGGCUGUAGGUGGCUGCCUGCCUUACUCCGCAGUGAAGCAUCUCCCCUUUGGUCAGUCCCAGAAGAUGUCAUUAGUUAUUAGUCAAGCAGCUCCUCCGAACUUAGCAGGCUUAGUGCAGCAUUUGCAGCAGGGACGCAGGGCUGGUGGUUACUGGCUGUGCUGGCCAACACCCUCCCCAAGCUGCUUUCCCGGCACAUGCAGCCCGAGGCCCCGUCUCGCUGGCAGUCCGUGCGCUCCGAGGUCACCUUUCAGGCAGUGCUCACCAGUAAGCUCGGCGUUUUCCGCUGUCUUAGGGUGGCUCCCGUUCUCAGGGAAGGGAGCAGAGCACAGGAGCAGCUUGCCUAGUGUCUGUCCCUGUCUAGCCUCUUCCCCCCACUACUGCAGUUAGUGUUACUGGGAGCCUGUGCCUAGCACCAAAUGCACUAACACUCUGGCCACUAGCAAACCGGAUGCGAGGCUUUACAAAGCAGCUAGUGCGAGACAGCCCAGCCGCUGCCUCCUGCCAGCCCCACGCAGGCUGGGGGACUGGAACCGUGUCAGGCUUUUUACUUUUGUAACACAAUAAAGUUUCUCCUAUUUACUGUACCUGGACCCCUGGCUUUUGUUCCUCCAGGAAGGCGUGCCUCUUCUCUGCUGCUCGUGACUGCACACGUGUUCCCUGGGGGGAGGUGGGGUGUGAAUGAGAAGUCUCCUGCUCAAUGAUUUCAGGCUGCAAGCCAGGAAUAUCUAGCUCCCUGGGCUGCUGUGCACUG